AUGAAGUACUCCCUCGUGCUCGUUGCUGCUGUCGCGGCUCUUGAAUCUUUCGGGCUUGCCGCUCCCGCCGGUGUGGACGCCGGGGUUGACGCCUUGGUUGUCUCCGGCCCAGGCAGAGAGGCGUCGACCAACGUCGGCGCCGAAACCAAGGCCGGUCCCCAAGGAGCGGAGGGCGAGGCCCGAGGCUCCCUCGUUGGUGAUGCUGGCGUUAUUCAGCUGCAGCUGCAGCUCAGCUCGCAGGAUGUGUCUCAGGAGGUCGCCAAGGCCGGCCUUCCAGAGAACGUCAAAACCCAGCUCUCUCAGGUAGCUGAACAGAGCGGCCCGGUCAAUACGGAACAGGACCUCGCCAACGUCGUUGGUGCCCUCAGCAAGGCCGCCGCUGACGCCACCAACGGCGACAACGCGACUCAGGCCCCUGUGGUCUUGGCAUCGAUCAAGGGAGUCAUUCACAACGCCAUGGGCGAAAGCACUGCCUCCAAUGUUGUCAUCGGUGCCGCCGUUGUCGCUGCCACUGUCGGAGAAGAGCUCGAUGUUGUCAUCAAGAUCACCAUGGAUACCAUCAAAGCUCUUCAAGAAGCCGCCAAGAGUGCCUCCCCACCUUCCGGCGAUGUUUCCACUGCCGCUGGAAACGCGGAUGGGCUGAACGCUGCUGAAGUUAGCUCUUCCGCCAAGCAGAACUGCAACUCUGAUACAUGUCGCACUGCCAUCAAGUCCGUCAUCGAUUUGUUGAGCCAGGGCAGCAGCCACGAUGUCGCCGCCACAUUUCUCGUGGCCGUUGAAGCCUUGGGCAAUUACAAGUCUGUCAACGUCAGGGUCGAGACUGACUUCGCCGAGAAGGUUGUUCCCAGCCUCAAGGAACUCGGCCCUGACGCGGAUGGCCAGGCGGCUGCAACCAAGAUUGGUCAAAUCGUCCAGAACCUGCAACUGGACAACACACUGCCAUCCGAGACUGCCAAGCAGGUCACGGACGAGGCCAACAAGGCUGCGCAGGACCUUGCGAAGCUCCCCACUGCCAAGGAAGCUUCCGCCGAGGCCACAAGCGCGUCGUCCCCCGGCGAAAAGGUCUGCGCCGACGCGGCUAAGAAGAUCUUCGACAAGUGCCUACAAGAUCUUCCCAAGGACCAGCGCCUCGACCGCGAGGGCUGCGCCAACCAGGAGCGCAAAGCCAAGGAGGAGUGUCUCACCCCCAAGGCCACAAGCGCGUCGUCCCUCGAGGAAAAGGUCUGUACCGACGCGGCUAAAAAAAUAUUCGACAAGUGCCUGGAUGACCUUCCCGAGGACCAGCGCCUCGACCGCGAGGGUUGCGCCAACCAGGAGCGCAAAGCCAAGGAGGAGUGUCUCGCGGGCGCGCCGGAGCAGACCCUGAAGGCCCCGAAGGUUCCCACCAAGAACAACUGCCGCGCCAAGGGCUUCAAGGCCUUUAGUCGUUGCAAGAAGGAGAAGCCCACUGAUUUUGAGGCCUGCAGCGAAGAGGGCCGUAAGGCCGAGAAAGAGUGUGGUGCUUCUAAGAAGCAGUAG